GCCGGCCCGGCGCUGCCGUGAACGACGGGCGGCGGCCGGCGACCCCAUGCAGCAGCCGCGGCGACAGCCCCGCAGGGGCGGCGCCACCAGCGGCCCGCGCAUCCACUUCGUGUACUGGGAGGGCGGCGACCCCAGCGCCGUGCGCUUCGCGGGCGGCGGCCCCAGCCUGUGCAGGCAGUGCCGCGGCGUCAGCCGCCCGUGGCGCUACCGGACGGACAACCUCCAGGCGUGCAUCCGGUCCUGCGGCAAGGAGGGCGCGAUCUUCCGCCAGGAGGUGGCCGCCUUCGUGUGCCUGUCGCCCUGCAUGGCCGGCUGGUACAAUCUGCAGCACUUCGGCAGCUGGCUUGUCAUCGGAACACCAAGGCUCUCACGGAGGCGACCGUGCUUGGGGCCGCCCUCCGCGUUAGCACGGGCGAGGAGUUCGCGGAGGAGUGCGGCGUGGAGUGCACGUCCUUCGAGGGGUCUGGUGCUCCCGGGCCCUGGGACUGGCUCGAGGCCGAUCUGCACCGCAUCCGGGAGGAAGCGGACGCUGCUGGUGGUCGCAUGCUUGCUCUGGUGCUGGACCGCGAUGGGGACGAGCUGCUCCUGCUAGAAGAACAACGGGGUCGCCCCAGGGCCUCAGGUGGACUCUGUGGUCGUGGUGCUCGGCGGGCCCUCCGGCAUGUCGCAGGACGUGGAGACUGCGAUCAGGGACCUUCUAGGAGCUGUGGCGCACAGCCAGGUGCUGAUCAAGCUGCCGGGGGGCCUGCAGCACUCGAACGUGGUGGUGGCAGAUUUGCUCAUGGCCCACGAGCGGAACUCGCUGCUGCCGGCGGUGGAGCAGCUGAUCCGCUUCGGCUCCAUCGGGUACAACAAGUGGCGGCGGGCAGCACUGUCGCUGAUCCAGUCGCUCCAGGACCCUGGAAACGACUCCAGCACAGCGCUGGCGCAGGUUCGAGAGGCAUCGAGCUGUGUCGGGAGGCAUUCCUCGUCGAGGUCGGGCCAGCCCUCUCGGGCAGGGCCCAGACCCGGAGGACUCGGUGCCCCACGGAUGCCAGCUCCGACUCAUGGCAGGUCACGAGAGGCGAACUCGCGUCCAUAUCCACGCCCUCGUGGUCCGGAUUCUUGGGCGCGAUCCCGCGGACACGCGGUCGCACGGCCACGCUCC